AUGACAUGGGACGGGUGUAGCUUGGAGUACCUCAAAAACGAAGCAUGUGAUGUUCUUGUGGCACUUUCCAGUCAUACCUCAUUUCGUGAAGACGAACACUUGGUGCAAUCGCUGCGGCUCGUAUUUUCAAAUAUUUUCCGCACAUUUGUUAAGGAUGGUUACCCAUCACGAAAUCCGCCCACGUCGGCAAGUCACUACUCUCAAAUGGACUUCGAGGACGAUCUGGAAUGGCAUAACUUUUUUAUGCGAUUCCGCUCUCGUCUUCAACUGCUGAUUGCUAACAACCUUGCUGACCAUUUUGAUCUCUUGCUUUCUGUCUAUGAAAAAGAUGUGUUGCACAGAGUCCUAUCCGAUCCUUACGGAGUGAAAGAAGUUGAAUGGGAUGCGAUGCAGAAGUUUGCUCGGAGUGUUAUAGCAGUUGCUUAUGAGAGAAACAUCGUUGAUAAAAAGAAUGAACGUCUAAUUGCCAUCCGCAAUACAUUGGUGACCAGAAUGGGAAAUGUGACGGUUUGUGAUGUUCUAAGUGAAAUGUUAUCUCUUCAUUCGCCAUCUGUUUUGAGCUAUGAGGACGAUUUCGACAACUUCACAAUUUACUUCUCUCUUCUUAGGAAAGCGUUGUUCAUGUCAGCGGGUCACAAGACACUUAAUAGGCAUGUCAUAAGUCUCAUUCUUCGCACUGUUCAGCAUUUCCCGACUUACUUCAAGGUAUGUUCUUUUCCUUAG